UCUUAAUCUGUCCUUGACAUCAAUAAGCGCUUCCCCAGGUUGUUUCGUUUUCUUCGUUACUGGCUCGACGUGUGGCUCCCUAAUGGCGUCGGCUAGUGAUCUUUUAUCAACCUUCAAGAAGGAUUUGGAGAAUCUCAAAGACAAUGAUAAAUACAAAAUAAAUGCUUUGACUAUCUUUGCGCGCGAUCAUAAAGAUACCAUUGGGGUUGCUCAGAGCAUUGUGGAUCUUACCCUUAAGCAUGUUCAAAUGGUGAGUUAUUUAGUAUCUUCUACUUGUUAUGUCCUGUGCACAACUGUACAGAUGAAAAAAAGAACAAUAAAUGUUUUUGUCAGUUUUGAAUUUUUUGUAUCAUAUGGGUGCUGGGUUUGGGCGAAGCGAUAACUAAUUGCUUAAGCGCUUAAUCUAGCCUUCGUAUGCGAUUUGUCUAUUGAUAGUCGUGUAGAACCUCGUGAGACGCAUAUUAAUUAGGUAGCGUUGUAGGUUUCACGAAAAACGAGUUGUUUUUGGAAUACAGUUAUCAAACCUUUUAUUACAGAUACCGGCAGGAUUGAAGCUACUUGGCUUGUACGUAAUCGACUCAAUAGUUAAAAACGUAGGUACACCCUACAGAAAGUUGUAUACCGUGGAUAUUGUCGAUGCCUUUGUGCAUUCUUUCCAAUCGGUAAGUUACUACGCGGAAAUUGUCUUAAUACUCUAUUUAGAUACGAGAUGAGAAGGGGCGGUUGAAACUGUACAAUUUGAGGACAACAUGGAAAGAUAUAUUUCCAAAUUCUAGGAUGUAUGAAUUGGAUAUUCGAGUGCGUGAGCAUGAUCCAGCUUGGCCUCUUUUAGCCAGCGCUCCUGAAGCGAAAGCUGCGUUUAGAUCUUUACCAAAUGUCCCAAAAAUACAAACUAAAACGGAACCUGUGGUAGUUAGUGUAAAGCAGGAAGCGAAGGAAACUUCUUUGACAACGAAAACCGUCAUCUCAGCUUCACGUGAUCCGCGGCUUAAUCGGAAACGAAAGUCACCCCAAGAAUCUCAUUCAUCUGAAGAGUACCUUAUCGAUCGUUCAGGAGAUCAAAAUAUGGAGUCAGUUGCUCGAAAACAAGGUAAACAGGCGGAUGCUAGUGAGUUGUCUAAGAAGGUUAUGUUGUUCGGUGGUGAGGACUGUGAUAUGCGUUCACAAAACACAGUACCACCUUCUCCUGCUAGAUCAUCAGGUUGGUCAGAUUACAUUGGAAAGCAUAGUGAAGUCUGUUCUCGGCGAGAAACGAAAGACAUAGAUAUGCGUUUUGCUCCGUCAGACCCUCCACUUGCCUGUUCUCCAAGUUUCAGUAUUUCUGAGAAGAUAUCGAAAGGACCAUUAGAUGUGUUAGCUAUUAAUAAACCUGACGCCGUAACACCAAUACCUCCUGUGUCCAGGUACGACACAGAAGAACGCCUUCCACCGAGUGAAGUACAGUCUGGAAAAAGUUUCGGUAAUUGUAAUCCAGACAUAAAAUUACGUCCUGAGAUUUUAAAAUCUGAAAAUAUUCCACCUCGAUACUCCAAAGUAGAUAAUUUCGUCCCAGUGAAGGAACAUCAUCCACCACCUCGCAUUGCAGAUUUCCCCCGAGAUAGACCACAGUUAAAUUCAUCCUUCCAGCCACCUACAAUCCCACCUAUCCGUGGGCCACCGAUUCGUGGUCCUGUAUGGAGUGUUGAGAUCAAUGGAUUUCCAGACAUGGUUAAUAUUGGCGUCGAUCCACGAAUGCUUAGUCUUGUAACUCAUCCCAAGCCACCAAGACGGAUAACUAUUGAUGGUCAACAGUUCACACUGUUAUUAGAUAGAGUUCAACCAUUAAUAGCAAUUGGGGAUCGCAUACAUGCUGUACGAUUCCGGUGUGAGUUUGCUACUAUUGUUAUUGAUGGUCAUUGUUUCAACAUUCCUGGCACAGGUUUUACUCGUGUUUCCAUUGGACCUAGAUUCUAUGUGGCAUACCUAGGUGGUCCGGGUCAUGAACUUGUUAUCGAUGGUCGUCCACACACUGUCCCUACAACAUCCCACCUAACUUUUAUAAAUGUCGGUCUUCAUUCAGUCGGUGUAAAAUUUGUUGGAAACGUGCCAAGGAAUGUUAAUGUCUUACCACCUAUUCCUCCUCGUCUACUCAAGUGGGCAGGUCAAGGUUUGUUUGGUUCACCUAAAAAUCUGUUUAUGGCACCACUCAACCCUAUUAAGGAACUUGCACGCCUCGCCGAACAUGGAUAUAGUUCAAGAAACCAUGCUUCUUUUGUAAACAGACCUGUAGGCAAUGGAAAGCGACCGUCACCUAUGCAUCCUACAGAUGCUCCAAAUAGCAGUAACCAAAGUAAUGGACAAAAAUUACCAGAGUUUGUGAACCCUGAUAUCAGUAGUAAGAGCGAAAAACCUAUACCAAACAAAGAUGAGAGCUCAUCGAAUACAAGUACUCCGCUCAACAUAGAUGUGCAUGAGUUAUUCAAGAAGUUGGUUAAAGCUGGUAUAGUGCCCAGUACAGAACAUGAAAAAAAACCAGAACCUCCUGAGCUAGGGAGCUACAGCUGGGAGCGUUUUAAGAAUCCAUUCGCUGUUGAGAUUGACGAAUUAUAUAAUGGUCACCAAUGUGGUCAGUGUGGUCUGCGUUUCCAAAGUGACCUUUCACCGGAGUUUGCAAAACACCUUGAUUACCAUUAUAUGAAGAAUUCAAGUUAUGGACAAGAACGACGCAGUCGUAACUUCUAUCAGCCAUUACAGUAUUGGUUAAUUAGUGAAAUGACACGAGAGGGCGCCCCUCAAUUCGAGCCUGGUAGUCCGAUCCACGAUUUACAAGAGUACAAAUGCACAGCAUUCGCGGAUCCAUCGAAAAAUGUAUGUGCUGUGUGUUACGAAAGUUUUGAAGUAGUUUGGGAUCAUGAAGAAGAAGAAUGGAUGCUAAAAGAUGCUAUUCGAGUUGAUGACAAGGUAUAUCAUCCUAUUUGUCAAGAAGAUGCAGGAAAAGAAUUCUCAAUUAAGGAUGAAAAGAAAUUUCCUUCACCUGACCCUACUGAAAAUAAUAAAGAAUCAACUUCCUCACCUGAAGGUGUUAAGGAAGAGGCCGUGGAUGAAAAUGCAUUUACUUGUGAUGAUUUUUCAACGAAUACAGUUAUUCCUGGUCUUUCACCUUCUACCUCUCCACAACAAUGUGAAUCAGAGAUGUUAUCGUCGAAUACGGAACCUGAAUGUGAAUUUAAUAUGUCGUUGAAAACUGAAUCAAUUUUGUCCAACUCAACAAUUAGUGCAGAUCCUUUGGCUGCUUUAAAAGCUGUCUUAAAAGGUGAUAUAUCUUCACUUAGCGCUCAAUCUCAUUAACAUCUGAACUAAUUCACUUAUUAUUAUUAAUAUACCUUUGUACAUAUACUACUAUACAGAUUUCUAUUCAUAUAAAAUUGUGUAUGAAUUCAUUUUUUUGUAGAGCUUGUAAAUAUUUCAUACAAAUAAAUGGUACCAUUUUACGAUGUCAUAUGUUAUUAAAAAUGCUCAUUGGUUAAUUAAAUAUAAUACGGUUAUCAUAUAUGU